UGUAAAAUAGCCAUUGAUUCAUUGACACUUGACAUUAUUAGUUAUGUAAUAAGUAAAUAAUAGAGGGAAGAAAAGAUAAGUUUUUUAAAUCAAUUUUCCCAACAUUAUUUAAAUUAGUCAUCUCCAACCACCCUGCUUUCCCGCAUGUCAUAAUCUAAUUUAAAUUAAACCAAAAUAAAAAAUAUAUUAUUUCCCAACUUGUUUAUAGAUAAGAUUUCCUUCUUGUUUUGUGUUAGUGACAGACACUAAAACAAAGAGAUAGUCCUCCAUAUUAUUAUUCUUUUCCAACUUCCAUUUCUUCUCUGUUCUCAUGGCUCAUCAAUCACCUUCCUCUCUCUUCUUUGAGUGUCCAUGUACCUAUGAUGUAUUCCUCAGUUUUAAAGGCACUGAUACUCGCUUCGGUUUCACAGGAAAUCUUCACAAAGCUCUUUCUGUUAAGGGAAUAAACACCUUCAUUGAUGAUAAGAAGCUUCGAAGUGGUGACGAAAUUACACCAUCACUUGUGAAGGCCAUUGAAGACUCAAGGAUUUUCAUCCCAGUGUUGUCUAUUAAUUAUGCUUCUUCUUCGUAUUGUUUAGACGAACUUGUCCACAUGAUUCACUGCUCCAAGGAAAAUGGGCGUCUGGUUUUGCCUGUUUUCUACGACGUGGAUCCUUCUCAUGUGAGACAUCAGUCCGGAAGCUAUGGCAAAGCUAUAGCUAAGCAUAAAAAGAAGUUUACAAAAAACAAGAAACAGUACACGCAACCCAUAAAUAUCAUUCUCAUACUCUUCUUACUUGCUCUAGUUCUUCUCUAUUCUCAUGGCUCAACCAUCACCUUAUUUCUUCCCCUCUUAAUUCUCCUCAUCUUUCUUCUCCAAAAUAACAAGAAAGGUUAUACUGAUGGUAUGAAUAGGUUGGAAAAAUGGAAGAUAGCUCUUAACCAAACAGCUAACUUAUCAGGCCAUCAUUUCAAUCCAAGAACCAAAUAUGAGCACGAGAUUAUUGAGAAGAUAGUCAAAGAAGUCUUCAACAAGAUUUAUCGUGCUCGUCUCCAUGUUGCCAAUUACCCUGUUGGAUUAGAGUCUCGAGUGCUUCACAUGAAAUCGCUGAUGGAUGUUGGAUGUGAUCGUGGAGUCUAUAUGGUGGGGAUUUAUGGGACAGGUGGGAUGGGCAAAUCAACACUUGCAAGAGCAACUUUUAAUUUCAUUGCUGAUCAAUUUGAAUGCUUGUGUUUUCUUCAUAAUAUUAGAGAAAAUUCAGAUCAAAAUGGCUUAAAGUAUCUCCAGGAGGAGCUCCUUUUCAAAACAGUUGGACUGGAUGUUAUAUUGGGAGAUGUAAGUGAGGGAAUUCCAAUCAUAAAAAGAACACUAUGCCAAAAGAAGGUUCUUUUAGUUCUUGAUGACAUUGACAAACUCGAGCAGUUGUGGGCUUUGGCCGGAGAACUUGAUUGGUUUGGUCAAGGUAGCAGAGUCAUCAUUACUACUCGAGACAAACGCUUGCUAUCUUGUCACAUGAUUAAAAGAACAUGUGAAGUAGAUGGGUUGAAUGAGGAAGAAUCUUUUGAACUGCUGAGGUGGAUGGCAUUUAAAACUGAAAAUGUUGAUUCAAGUUAUGCAAAUGUUUUAAAUCGUGCAGUAACUUAUGCUUCUGGUCUUCCAUUAGCUUUAGAAGUAGUUGGUUCCAACUUGUUUGGAAAAUGUAUAGAAGAAUGGAAAGAUUUAUUAGAUGAGUAUGAGAAGAUUCCCAAUAAAGAUAUCCAUGAGAUACUUAAAGUAAGCUUUAACAAUUUGAAGGAAAUCGAGCAAAGUGUUUUUCUCGACAUUGCUUGUUGCUUCAAAGGAUAUGAUUUGGUAAAGGUUCAAGAGAUACUUCUUGCGCAUUAUGGUUGCUGCAAGAAGCAUCAAAUUGAAGUGUUAGUUCAAAAAUCACUCAUUAAGUUUAGUUUGUUUAGUACUGUGACAUUACAUGACUUGAUUGAAGAUAUGGGUAAAGAAAUUGUCCGACAAGAAUCACCCGAAGAACCUGGGAAACGCAGCAGAUUGUGGUUUUAUGAAGAUAUAAUACAUGUUUUAGAACAAAAUACUGGAACAGAUCGAAUUGGAGUUAUAUAUCUGAGUUUCCCAUCAUUUGAAGAAGAAAUAGUAGAAUGGGAGGGAGAUGAGCUGAAAAACAUGAAAAACCUCAAAACACUCAUUAUAAAGAAUGGUUUCUUUUCUAAAGGUCUCAAGCAUCUUCCAAACAGUUUAAGAGUACUAGAUUGGUGUAAAUAUCCUUCAGCUGAUAUACCAUCCAAUUUUUGUCCAAAGAAACUUUCCAUAUGCAAACUGAGUGAAGGUUGCCUAACAUCAUUUGAGUUAUCAAGAACAUUAAAGGGGUUCUUAAAUAUGAGAGAAUUAAAUUUAGAAAGUUGUCAAUCUUUAACAUGCAUUAAUGAUGUAUCUGGUCUCCCAAAUUUAGAAAAAUUCAUAUUUCAAAAUUGUGAGAAUUUAGUUACAAUUCAUGCUUCUGUUGGGUUUCUAAAUAAACUAAAAAUAUUGAAUGCUGAGGGCUGCAGCAAACUUAGAACUUUUCCUCCCAUAAAGUUGGCUUCUCUUCAAGUGUUGAGACUUCAAUAUUGUAAAAAUCUCAAGAGAUUUCCAGAAAUAUUACAAGAGAUGGAGAACAUAGAAGCCAUUGUUUUAGAGGGCACUUCCAUUGAAGAACUGUCAUUUUCAUUUCAAAAUUUCACCGGGCUAUGUACAUUACGAAUAUGGGGAAAUGGAAUACUUACAUUACCAAGUAGCAUUCUCAUGCUUCCAAGUUUGUCCUGGAUUAUGGUUGAGGAUUGUAUAUUCUUGCCAAUAAAAAAUGAUAAACUGAUGAGCCCAAAAAUGUCUUCAAAAGUACAAAAUCUCAUCCUCCAAAAUUGCAACAUAUCAAAUACAUUUCUUUCAAUAAUUAUCAAGUGGUUUGCUGAUUUGAAAUAUUUAGACCUAUCAAGGAAUGAUUUCACAAUUCUUCCUGAAUGCCUCGUAGAAUGUAGCUUUCUAAGUAGCAUUGUUUUGGACGGUUGCAAGUUUCUUAAGGAAAUUAGAGGGAUUCCGCCAAAUCUAUACACAUUGUCUGCAUUACAAUGUGAAUCAUUGAAUUCCACAACUAGGAGCAUGCUACUGAACAAGAAGCUACAUGAGGCUAGACACACAAAUAUUUGUAUUCCAAGGGGGAGUGAGGGGAUUCCAAAGUGGUUCGAGCACAAAAGUAGAGGAAUUGAGAGGGUUCCGCAGUGGAUCGAGAAUGAUAACAGAGGACUAACAAUGUCUUUCUGGGUUCGAAACUGGUCGCCUUCCAUAACUUUCUUCUUUUCAACUAAAUGGAUGCAUAACAAGGGCCCUAUCAUUAAAGAUCUUGAUGUAGAAUUUGAUCUGUCGGUCAAUGGCCAUGCUUGUUCCGGGCUAAAACUGUGGAUCCACUCGACACAUGUAUUUCAACUUAAUCUGAAUUGCGGAAAACCUAUAUUGGAUAGAGAACAAUGGAUCCAUGUCGAGCUUGAGGUUAAGUGUACUCUGACAUCGAGACAUCUUAAUGACAAGGUAAUGAAAUCAAUCAGCACAGAAAUGGGAAUCCAUAUGUUGAAGGAGAAAAGCAUAGUUGAUGAUAUCAAAUUCACUAAUCCUUAUAGAAAGAGAAAGUUAGAUGAAUAUCUCAAUAAUUCACAAUCACAGUUUCACCCACUGCUGAAAAAGCAAAGAUCAUGACAACAAAUUUGUAAAUGAUAUGCAUCCCUUGUUGGAUUCUUUUAGCUGAGUGUGCAUCAGUUAUGUGUGUUUUUUUUAUAUUUUGCAACUUCAGAUAGUGUAUUAAGUUUCAAGUUAAUUAUUGACAUUAUGAUUAGGCCAUCAUGGGAAGAGGGACUAUUACACAAUGAAUUAGGCAUGGAUGGUUGGCUUCCAGUUACUUGCAAAUUCAUUUUUUGGUAUAUUGAUAUGUAAUAUGAGCAGCCAAGCAGGCUAAAAGCAAUAGGUAUCACGAUUACUGAACUACUGCAUAUUUAAUUGAGAUUUAGCAUGGAUAUUUUGUUUCUAUGUUUUUUAAAUGACCAGCCUUUGUGCUUCACAAGUGGUGUUGGCAAGUGCUUUGUACUCUGCCUCGGAUAAAGACUGUGCGACUACUUGCUGCUUCAUGCUUUUCCAGCUAAUGAUUGAAGAUCCUAAGUAACAACAAAAUCAUGAGGGUGGAGCGUCUUGUAAGAGAACAUGAGCCCUAAUCAGCAUCGGUAAAUCCAAUUAAAGUUAAGCUUGAAUUAGCUUUGAAGAAUACUCCAUUUGCAAGUGAAUUAUUUAAGUAAUGAAUGAUCCUCAGUGUUGCAUUAAAGUGAGUUGUGGUAGGGUUGAAUAUAAAUUAGCCGAGUCUGCAAAAGAAAAACACAUGUCAGGUAUCCAAUGUGUUAAAUAAAUCAAUUUACCUAUUAGACGUUUGAACUGUGUUGGAUCAUUGAGAAAGUUUGUUCGGUCAGCAUGUAAAUUAAUGGUGGGAUGCAUUAGAGUGGAGUCCAGUUUGGAUUCUACACAAAUCCAGGCGGUAUUUUCUUGGACAUAAAGAGAUGCCUUAGGAAGACCUAGCUAUUUUCAAACCAAGGAAUAUUUAAGGUCUCCCAGGUCCUUGAUGUUGAAUUUACUGUCCAAGACAGUCUUAACAGUAUUGAAAUCAAAUAAGUUAGUUCAUGCAAGAAUAAGAUCACCCACAUAUUCUAAUAUAGCAGUAGAAGAUAAGUUAUGCUUUUUGAUAAACAAAGAAUAGUUAGACUUGGAUUAGGUGAAGCCUAAAUCAAAGAUGGUAAAGGUGAGCUUAUUGUUCCAUUGUUUGUUGGCUUGCUUGGUGCCAAAGAUAGAUUUCCUAAGUUUACAAACAAGACUUUUGGGGAAAUUAUGAAGUCAAGUGGGCAUUUCAUAUAAACAUAUUUAUCUAAAUCAUCAUGGAGAAAGGCAGUAGUUCUAUCCAAUUGAUGUAAAUACCACCCCUUAGAAGCUGCAAUAGAUAAAAGAGUUCUUAUGAUUGUCAUUUUGACAACAGGGCUGAAAGUGCCAUGGUAAUCAAUGCCCUCUAUUUGAGUAAAACCUUUGGCCACCAAACAGACAGUGUACCUAUCUUUAGUACCAUUAGCAUGGAAUUUUAACUUAAU